AUGUCGAAAAGGUCAAUAACCCCCGAACACGAGGAAGGGAAGAAGCAAGCAAAGUAUGGUGAUGAGAUGGCUAUAGAUUCCGAAUUGAUGGCUCAUCAUAAAGGACAAUCUGAAGUCAAGGCCGAAGCUAGUGGUGAGAAAGAAACAGAAAAGAAGCUGGUGGAUACACAAGAUAGAAAAGAAGGCAAUGAAGGUGCAGCAAUUGAUGCUGUUUCUAAUGCCGCCGCUUCUAUUAGUGAUCAACUGAAGGAGCAACCCCAACAGGACCAAGUGCAACAACAGCAACAACAACAACAACAGCAGCAGCAGCAGCAGCAACAGCAGCAGCAACAGCAACAGCAACAGCAACAGCAACAGCAACAAGUUUAUCAUCAAAAUCUUCUUAAGCAAAAGAUUGAACAACAACAUGCACAACUGAUUCAACACCAAUCCCCAGAAGCCAACCACUUGUCAUCUCAUGGUUCACCUCUAGAACAUCACCCGGGUAGUCCAGGUAGUGACUACUCGCAAAGUGGUAAUUCAAACAAACCACAGCAUGGUUCUGACGAAUGGCACAGACAAAGAAAGGAUAACCACAAAGAAGUAGAGAGACGCAGAAGAGAAGCGAUUAAUAUUGGUAUCAAAGAAUUAGCUGAAUUGAUUCCUACAAGAGACACCAACAAGACUCAGAUUUUACAAAGAGCAGUGGAAUAUAUUAAGAGAUUGAAGGAAAAUGAAAAUAAUAAUAUUGAGAAAUGGACUUUGGAAAAGUUGUUGACUGAACAAGCAGUAUCUGAGUUGAGUGCAUCUAAUGAGAAAUUGAAACAGGAAUUAGAGAGAGCUUACAGAGAAAUUGAACGUUUAAAGGAACAACUCAAGUAG